AUGGAAAACCAAUACAAUGAGUUACUGUCUUUAUCCAAGAUUGUAAGCGAUUUUUACGAAAACGUUUAUGCUCCAGCAUUGCAGACACUUCCCUGGAUUGAUGAAGGAGAUGGCCUUAAGAUAGCUAGCGAGAAAGUGCUCGGUAACAUAGCGUUUCCAGCCUAUGCAUUGUCAACCCACAAGAAUAAAAAUGAUCAAGAAACUUUUAGUCAUCUUCGCACUCGAUGCAAUGAAUUAAAAUCGAUUUACGACAAGAUGCAGAAUGAAUUACGUCCAAUCCUGUCUGAUCUUCCCGUUCAUGAUCAAAAUUGGGAGAAACUGAAAGAAAUGAUACCAAUGUGGCAAGGCAUGUCGGGGUCUGAUGUACUUCCCAAAAGUACUCAUAAAGCUGUGCACAAAUCAUUUGUGUUUCUUUCACAAAAUGUUGCAUCUGGUGAGAUGUCAACCAUCGAUGCCGAUGGCGCUGCCGCAAGUGAUAACGCCAAGGCCGAAGCUGCUCUAGCCAAAUUGAUAGCUGAAAAAAUCAAGUUUUUCCAUCAACAAGGAAAAUCAGAUUCCUCCAUUGCUCUGACAUUUGGCUCGGAUGGAUUUUGGCUAGACCGAGGGUUUUUACAUAGUAUCCGCUAA